AUGGACUCGACCCUGCAACCGGCAUUCAAUUCCCAAGCGCCCCAAACUUCCUCCUUGCAACCCUCAAAACUCGAAUCCACCAUGGCCGCCCAGGCUCAAAAUACCAUAGAAGUUGCUUCAAAUGCAACUAGGCAGGUCUUUGCCUCGCCUUUACAGAACGCCUGCUCCCCGUCGCAACCCUUGUCCAAGGCAAUUAGCCAAAACCAAAGCGCCCCAACCGCCAACCCCCAUACCAUGCCCUUGAACCAGGCACCGGCCCAGAACAACCCUUUACCCCACAUAGAAUUGGGCGGACCGACCGCCACGGCGCCCUUCCUGCAGGAUUUCAGUCUUGUCGCCGAGGCCGCAAAGCGUGCUCAGAUGGGCAUCGUCAUGCGUGAUUUGGAGAGUGUGACCCUGUGA